GGUCUGCUCUAAGCCAGCUGGUCUGGCUUACCGAGGCUUUCUGGUUCCUGGUUUCUGGGUUUUUGGGUUUUUGUUGGAGGAAUCCGGACCGGUUUGACACGGGGGACUGCAGGACCAGGUCCCACAGCUGGAUCUGCUGGGAGACGCCGUCCCUCAGGUGGAGACCGCCGAGCUGGUGCUCGCGCUCUGCAGCGGAUGGACUGAACCGCGGGACGGAUCACACAGCGGGACGCGCGGGAUCGAGCACGCGGAGGUCCCGUCCAGCAGUUGGCUCCUGAGACGUGACGACGGAACCUUGCAAUAACUGAAGCAGCAGAAAGACAGGAGAACCUGCAGAAGACGUUCCGGAGGAGAACCGAGGAGGAGAACCGAGGAGAACCGAGGAGAACUGAGGAGGAGAACCAAGGAGAAUUAAGAUGGGGAGGAAGAAGAUCCAGAUCGCUCGGAUCAUGGAUGAACGGAACCGACACGUGACGUUCACCAAGCGGAAGUUCGGGCUGAUGAAGAAGGCGUACGAGCUGAGCGUGCUGUGCGACUGUGAGAUCGCGCUCAUCGUCUUCAACAGCGCCAACCGGCUGUUCCAGUACGCCAGCACCGACAUGGACAAGGUGCUGCUCAAGUACACCGAGUACAACGAGCCGCACGAGAGCCGCACCAACGCCGACAUCCUGGACACGCUGCGUAAGAAGGGCCUGAACGGCUGCGACAGCCCCGACCUGGAGGACGACUCUGCCGGCCAGAGCCCCGAGUCAGAUGACAAGUUCCGGAAGAUGAGCGACGACCUGGAGCUGCUGGUCGGCCGGCAGCGGCUCUGCCAGGGUCUGCCCCCCUCCGGCUACGACAUGGCGGUGCCGGUCCCGGGCGGUGCCCCCGGCGGCCUGCUCUACUCCCACCAGGGCCUCGGCGGCGGCGGCGGCAGCCUGGGGAGCCACAGCCUGCUGCCGCUGUCUCACUCCGGCCUGCAGAGGACCAGCAUGUCCCCCCAGAGGCCCCCCAGCACUGGCAGCGCAGGACUGAUGGCAGCAGAGCUGACCAACUCCAUGGUGUCCAGCAUGGGGAACGGCAGCUACAGCAGCCACUGCCCCUCUCCCGGUCUGCUGCCCCCCUCCGGAGGCGUCUCCAAGACCUUGCAGGACAAGAAUCCCCCGAGCCUGACCCCGAGCCUGACCCCGAGCCUGACCCCGAGCCUGAGCCUGAACCGCAAGCCGGAGCUGAGGACGCUGCUGCCGCCGGCCAGCAAGGCCGCCGCCCCCGCCGCGACCCAGAGGAUCGGCCACUCCCAGAGCGCUCAGACUCUCUCCACGCCGGCCGUCUCGCCGCUGGACGGAUACCCAUCGGCGCUGUCCUCCUUCGGCACAGAGUUCUCCCUGGGGUCGGACCUCACCUCCCUAUCAGGGUUCGGUGGGUCCGGUCUUGGUUCCUCGAUGUCGACCUGGCAGCAGCAGCAGAUCCAGAGUCUGGGACACAUGGGGAACCUGUGCCAGAACUCCAACCUGAACCAGAACCUGCACAUCAAGUCCGAGCCGGCCUCCCCGCCGCGGGACCGAGGCCUGGGGAUGGUGGGGUCGGGGCUCGGGGGAGGGGGCGUGUCCUCCACCGGGUACCUGGCGUCAAUGACCAUGACGGGCCAGGGCCCCCUGGAUCCGGGCCGGGGCCCCCUGGGCCCCCUGGAUCCGGGCCGGGGCCCCCCGGGGCCGGGCCGGUCCCCCGCCGACAGCGCGUCCAGCUGCGGCUCGUACGAGGGCGGCGAGGAGCGCGAUGAUCGCCACGGCAACGAGGGCUUCCUGCUGCCGGACGGCCGCCGCAGCCCGUCGGUGAAGCGCAUGAGGCUGUCGGAGGGCUGGGCCACAUGAGGGGGCGGGGCCACGGGGAGGGGGCGGGGCCACCACAGUUACCUUCGAGUGUUAUUAUUCCUCUUCCUGUUCUGAGUGGGCAGGAUUUCUGUGGGGGGCGGGGCCAUGCCUCAGACCGAAGCUCCUCCCCCAACGUGAGUUCGAAACCCGCCGAGCGCGACGCUCCGUCCAGAGAACCGGAAAAACUCUAAAGUUUUUUAUCUUAGAGAAGGAGAAAAAAAUUGUAUUUUUGGAAAAAGAAGUUGUGAAAAAUAUUUACAUUGAGACGGAAAACUACAUUUUAAUAAAGUCCAAAUAUUGAGAAAAAAGUUACAUUUCUGAAAUAUAUUUCAAUAUUUGAAAUACAAUAAGUAAAUUUAAAAAAUUAGGAUGAAAUGAAUAAAUAAUGAGACGACAGAGGAAUGCC